AUGUCUUCCAUGCCUCCCUCAGAUCAGAAGUCGAAAAAGAAGAAGAAACCUAAGAAGAAGCCGCCGACCAAUUCUCAGACCACGUCUACUUCUGCGUCAAUAGCGGCAGAUGCGGACGAACCAUCCACUCCACUUGAGAAUCAAUCUGUCAAUGGACCAGACGCGAAAUCCGGCGUCGAAAGCGAGGACGCAUCAGAAAAUGAGGGUCCUGGCGCAGGUGCACCUGCGGACGCACCACGGACAGCAAAGGACGAGGACGAAGAUGAAAAGGAUGAACCGGAAAAGUCGGCUACUAAGGUCCCCACUGGACCAGCAGACUUCGACGCAGCUGCCCGAUUUGAUGCGCUGGUGAAAGACCGGGAUGCACUUCGAGUGGAGGUAACACAGCUACGACAGUCGAUUGAGGAAUUGCAAUCCAAGCACAGUUCGGAGAUUGAAGCGGUUCAGACCGAACUGGCCGACACUCAAGAUGCAAAAGAUACUGCCGAGGAGCAGUACCAGUCACUCCUGGGAAAGGUCAAUACAAUCCGAUCACAACUGGGUGAGAGAUUGAAAGCCGAUGCCGAAGAGCUAGCGCAGUCAAGGACGCGGAUCGAAGACCUCGAAGAACAGAAAUCAGAGCUACUGGAGAAAUACACCUCUCGGUCUGGUGAAGUCGAGGAUUUGAGCAUACGAAAUCGAGAAUUGGAGGUCAAGGUCGCGGAACAGUCCAAAGAGCUAUCCAGCCUCCGUAACCGUAUGACACUCGCACAACAGAACUGGACCAAGGAAAAAGAUGAGCUGAUCGAGCAAGAAGCAUAUCUGCGAGAGGAAUUCGAGAAUGCCAAACAAGCCAUGCACGACUGGGAAGUGUUGGCCAUGGAAGAGCGCACGAUCCGACGAGACUUGAACGACCGACAUACAGAUCUCGAAGAACAAGUCUCUACAUUGAAGGAAGCGUACGAGAAGGCCUGCUCCGAACGCGACACUCAAUCUAGCACGGUAGACGGCCUACAGAAAGCUCUGCAGGAGAUCCAGAACGUUCGCAAGCAGGAGCUCAAAGAACUGGUCGAGACGAACCAGGCUGAGCAAGAAUCCUUGCGCAAUCAGCUUCAAGACCUGCAGAAGAGACAUGACGCUACGGCUGCCGAGCUCGACCACGCCAGCAAGGACCUGGAGCGCGCCUUGCCGUUUGAGAAAGAGGUCAAGGAGAAGAAUCUCUUGAUCGGAAAGCUCCGACACGAGGCCGUGAUAUUGAAUGACCACCUAACCAAAGCCCUGAGGUUCUUGAAGAAAGGGAAACCGGAGGACAAUGUCGACAGACAUGCGAUCACUGCAUACUGCAUCUAUCAUAUCGAAAGUACUGGCUCGUUCAGCGACUGGGAAUUGAGUACUGUUCCUCCUGCCAUGGCCAGACAUGACGGACUCCUCUCGCCUAUGUCACCUUGUUUUCCCAUUCUAGUUGAUCCUGCCACCCCCCCUCCCCUGCCACGACCCAAACAAAUCCACCAAAUUCUCCCCUCAUUGACCACAAUCGGCCAAACUAACCCUGCCCCUUUACACAACAGACAAAUCGUAACAAACCACAUCCUACACUUCCUGGCCCUCGACCGCUCAGACCCCAAAAAGUUCCAAAUCCUACAACUGAUCGCAGCGCUCCUGAACUGGACCGACGAACAGCGCGAACAAGCCGGCCUCGCACGUCCCGGCGUGACCUCCACCUCGUCCUCGUCGCUCCGCCUCCCCGGCUCACAGCUCGUGCACCGCACGCCCAGCACGCCGGCGCUGCAGCAGCAUGGUCACGACUUCUUCACUUCAAGUCCCGAAAGCGCCGGCGUGCUCAGCCCGGGCAGUAAAGAGAGCUUGGCGGAUUUGUGGCAGACUUUCCUCGAGCAGGAGGCCGGCAGUUCUGGUGCCAAUGCCAAGUCGAGGACUGCUAGCCAUGGUCAGGGCCAUGGUGGGUUGCAGUCCCCAAAGUGA